GUUGGAAAGAUAGACGCCACGGCAAAAUUCCUCAAUUCCCCACCAAAAAAAACCAACCCAUCGCCUACAAAGCCAUAGCCCUCCCUCUUCUUCUCCUUCGAAACCAAUCCAUCUCGAGUUCUCGCCGUCAAGAAUCGGAGGAGCAGAGGAGAGGGAGGAGAAUUCGAGAGAGAGGAGAGGAGGAGGAGGAGGAGGAGGAGGCGGAGUGAGGUGUAAGGGGGUGGUGGUGACGCGUCGCUGAUUCGUGCGGUUUGCUCUGUGGACGCCGAUCCCGGCCGUUUCGGGCGAUGGCGUCGAGGAGGCAGUGGGGAGCCGGUGCCGGCGCCGUCGAUGUUCCUGCUCAGGAACGCAAGGGAGAGGCUGCCAAGAUUGCGAGGAGGCCAAAGACCACGACGGUUGUUGCUCAGCAACCGCCAAGAAUCCGUCGAGCCCUCGCCGACGUCAGUAAUCUCGUCAAUGGCCGGGCUGCUCUGCCUGUCGUAAAUCGCCAGAAGGCAGCAGCAGCAGCAGCUGACAAGUGCAGGAAACCAAUCAAGCAGCGCAACGAGAACAACAAGGCGGCCAAGCCAGAAGUCAUCGUGAUCAGUUCAGACUCCGAGAAACAUAAGAAAAAUCCAGCCCAGAGAGCAGCCUCCCGGAGGGCGCCAAUCCAAACGCUCACCUCGAUUCUGACCAAGUGCAGCAGGGCUUCUGACGGUGUGAUCAGCCCGAAAAAGGAGCUGAUAUACGACAUCGAUGCAUCUGAUUCUCACAACGAGCUGGCAGUGGUUGAUUACGUCGAAGAUAUCUACAGAUUCUACAGGAACACCGAGAACACCUACCGGCCUCUCUGCACCUACAUGGUGUCACAGACCGAGAUCAACGAGAGAAUGAGAGCAAUCCUGACUGAUUGGCUCAUCGAAGUGCACUACAGGCUUAUGCUGAUGCCAGAGACACUGUACCUCACUGUCUACAUAAUUGAUCAGUACCUGUCCCUGGAGAAUGUGCCCAGGAAGGAGCUGCAGCUUGUCGGUGUAAGCGCCAUGUUGAUAGCCUGCAAGUAUGAGGAGACUUGGGCUCCAUUGGUUAAGGACUUCCUUGUCAUAUCAGACAACUCCUUCAGCAGGCAGCAGGUCCUGAGCACAGAGAAGUCCAUACUUAACAAGCUCCAGUGGAACCUGACUGUUCCGACAAUGUACAUGUUCAUCCUUCGAUACCUGAAAGCUGCAUUGGGUGACGAGGAGCUGGAGCACAUGACUUUCUUCUACGCAGAGCUCGCACUGGUUCAGUACUCCAUGCUCUUUUUUGCGCCAUCGGUGAUAGCAGCCGCUGCCGUCUACGCUGCUCGGUGUACCCUUGGCCUGAGCCCACUAUGGAGCGAUCUUCUGGAGUACCACACCGGCUUAGCUGAGCCGCAAUUGCUGGAGUGUGCGAGGCGGCUGGUGAGCCUGCACGCGGCGGCGCCGGAGAGCAGGCAGAAGGUGGUGUACAAGAAGUACGCGAGCCCCAAGCUCGGAGCCGUCUCCCUCCACUCGCCGGCCAAGAAGCUUCUCCCGCCGCCGUCGCCGGUGGCGGCUUGAGCUCUCGCUGUUGGAAUUUUGGCCUCGAUUGGAAGAACAUGUGCAUAGAUAGGAUCGGAUCGUCGCCGCGUCGUCGUAUCAUCGCUUUGAUGUUACCCCCCGUUUCUGAUUUGAUUCUUCCAAAUUUUGGGUUCCUGAUUUGAUUGGAUUGCUACUGAUUCGAAUUUGGUGCGAAUGAAAUUAUGAAAAAUCAUCUUGAUGUUUAUUCUUUUUCCCCCUUUCCUUUUUGAGAGGUGGUAAUAAUAUUUA